AUGGCGUCACUCAAGUAUAUGACAGGAUUUGGCAAUGAAUUUUCUUCAGAGGAUCCAAGCUGCCCAGGAUCCUUACCAAAGGGUCAGAAUAAUCCACAGGUUUGUCCUUAUGGUUUGUAUACUGAACAGCUCUCUGGUUCAGCCUUCACCUGUCCAAGAUACAACAAUAAGAGGAGUUGGUUUUAUCGCAUUGUACCUUCAGUUCUUCACAAGCCCUUCACUUCCAUACCCCAGGGAAAUCUGUCCUACAAUUGGGAUGAAAUCAACCCUGAUCCCAACCAGCUUAGAUGGCUUCCAUUUAAAAUUCACAAAGCAUCAGAGAAGAUGGUUGACUUUGUAACAGGAUUACAUACAUUAUGUGGAGCUGGAGAUGUCAGAUCCCGAAAUGGGUUGGCUAUUCACAUCUAUGCUUGCAACACAUCAAUGGAGAAUAAGUCUUUUUAUAAUUCAGAUGGAGAUUUCCUUCUAGUGCCCCAGAAAGGGAACCUGCUGAUUACAACGGAGUUUGGAAAGAUGCUGGUUGAACCUAAUGAGAUUUGUGUGAUUCAGCAAGGGAUGCAUUUCAGUGUGCAGGUUUUUGAAGAGACACGAGGUUACAUCUUGGAGAUAUUUGCAAGCCAUUUUGAGUUGCCUGAUCUUGGACCAAUCGGAGCCAAUGGUCUUGCCAAUCCCAGGGAUUUUAAGGUUCCUGUUGCAUGGUAUGAGAACCGAAAGGUUCCGACUGGAUUCACUGUCAUUAGCAAGUUCCAGGGCAAGUUAUUUGCUGCCCAGCAGGCCUUUUCGCCAUUUAAUGUUGUGGCCUGGCAUGGAAACUAUACACCUUACAAAUACAAUCUGCAAGACUUCAUGGUCAUUAAUUCUGUUUCAUUUGAUCACGCAGAUCCUUCGAUUUUCACAGUGUUAACUGCUAAAUCAACUCGUCCAGGUGUGGCUAUCGCAGACUUUGUGAUCUUUCCACCACGCUGGGGAGUGGCUGAUCACACAUUCAGACCUCCAUACUACCAUCGCAACUGCAUGAGUGAAUUUAUGGGGUUGAUUAAAGGUCAUUAUGAGGCAAAAGAGGAAGGCUUUCUACCUGGUGGAGGUAGUCUGCAUAGCAUUAUGACUCCACAUGGGCCAGAUGCAGAAUGCUUUGAGAAAGCAAGCAAGGCAGACCUCAAACCAGAACGAGUGGCUGAUAAAACCAUGGCAUUUAUGUUUGAGUCUUCGUUUAACAUGGCUGUCACCAAAUGGGGCCUGGAAACCUGCAAUUGCCUGGACAAGAACUACACAAAGUGUUGGCAGCCAUUGAAAAAUAAUUUCAAUCCCAACUGGAAGCCAAAUGCCAAAUGA